AUGGACCGCAGUCUGGACGAGAUCAUUGCGGAAGACACAUCGCGAAAGCAGACUAGGCCCUCUGGAAACCGCCGCAACCCGCCUCAGAAUCGCCGCCGCGGCGACCGCGAUGGCGUUAGAAAGGUAUCCAUCCAAAUCUUGGUGUCCUCGCCAUUUGAUCCGCGCAAACGAAUUUUUGGCUUGUCCGCCCUCCUUCUUCUUUUCAUCCUUCGAUCCUAUCUUGCGAUAUUUUCAAACGCGACGUUAAGCCAGUCUGCUGUUGAGAUGGACUGGGUGCAUGACAAAUACGACGAUGAUCGCGAUGCACGGGGAUCUCGUGGUGGUGGCCGCCGCCGCCGUUCAAAUUCCCCUGACCGUGGUCGAUCAUUGACCAAGGUCCGCGUGGAAAAUCUUCACUACGACAUCACCCAAGGCGAGCUGGAGGACCUUUUCACACGCAUUGGACCAGUCCUUGAACUCUCUCUCGUCUACGACCGUGCUGGACGCUCCGAGGGUGUUGCCUACGUCACAUACCAACGGUUGAGUGACGCCCACGAAUCCAUCCGCGAGUUCGACGGCGCCAACGCCAAGGGCCAGCCCAUUCGCCUCAGUCUUGUGCCUGGUCGACGCGAAAGAAACCCUGACCGCAACACUUUGUUCGACCGAGUCGAGCGCCCGGGUCGCAGCUCGCGCAGUCUUAGCCCCGGUGUGGAUGGUGGGGAUGGUUCCCGCCGUGGUCGCCGUAGCGACGUUUCUAAGCCUGCACCGGAUGGAAUCGACCGUUACGUGCCCGGUUCCCGCCAGCGCUCGCCACGCCGUGGUGGCGGCGGUGGUGGUCGUCGUAGUGGCCGAGAUGGUCGUGAGAACCGAGGCCGUGGCGAGAGAAAUGGUCGGGAUGGCCGGCCCCGGAAGACGCAAGAGGAGCUGGAUCAAGAGAUGGACGACUACUGGGGUGGAAACAAUGCAACGACCGAAACCGCUGAGAAGCAACCCGAACAGCCUGUGGCUGCUGCUGCACCUGCGGCUGCUGCUUCCGCUCCUUCGGCCGUGCCCGCUGCGCCCGCCGCUGCAGAUGAUGAUAUCGACAUGAUUGAGUAG